AUGGAAACGGUGCACACGGCCAUCGGGGUUGCGGGCAUAGUGGCCAUGUUCUUGGUGGUGACCCGAUCGGUAACUCAAGUAGGUGGCAUGGUGUUAAACCAGUCCCGUGCUCCGAUUGCUGACCUUGUUAGCCGUGGUGGUCCAGUGGCGGAUCAGCUGUCCGCCGUCGAAGGGGAAACUCCUCUAGUGGAGGGCGACCGCAUGGAUGGCGCCUGUUCCGUGGUACAAAGCAUUGGAGGCAAGGCGUGUGCCUUGAUAGGGCCAUUGCUACCAAAGUUUCCGACUGAACGGAAUUCCGAGGUUUCCUCGAAGGAUGUCGAAAAAGAUAAAAUGGACUCGGAGCCGGUGGUAGUAAAACAGGAAGCUCCGCCUGCGGCAGAUUUAUCGGAAGAGGAGUAGGAUCUGGCCAGCAAUGAUGUCGAAUGGGAAGACUAUCAGAAUGCUUUGUGUGAUUCGAAACCAGACGAGCUCAUUCAUUUUGAACAGCUUGGACUGAUCGCUUCUCUUUCGUGCAAUAGAACACAAACAAGUAAUAUGAAAAAUUGAACUAAAAUUCUAAAUUCGUAGCCAAGGACUAGCUUCA